GAGUAAAGAUUUCAGCCAAAGAAUUGUGACCCGUACUUUCUGUUUCGAAAAUUAAUAUUCUAAGACGGGAAAAAAAAAAGAUGACAGCUAAAAAUAAAGUUGGUGAACCACCAGAAGAAGGCAGCGAAGAAAUUCAUGAAGGUGGUGAUGAUGAAUUACAAGAUAUUGAUACAGAAGCUUACAAUCAACUCAGCCAUGAUCUUGAUGAAAUUAGCAACUGCUUGGACGCUCUAGAACAAAAGAAUGAUAAUCUUCAUAAAGAAAUAUAUAAAUUACUUGAAGAAAGCAAACAAAUUAGAUGUGAAAUAAAGGAGUGUGCAUCCAGCAGUGCUCCAUAACUUUCUUUACAUAUGAAGUAUUUUCAUAACAUGGAAGUGUAAGAAAAAUUGGUACUAUACAAGAUUUAGUUUUAAAAAUUUAGUUAAUAUUAGUCAGGACUGUAUCUUAUAUCCUAUAAAGUUAUCGUAUUUGAAAAUUUUUAAAAAAAGGUUUUUAUUAUGUUUGAAAUGUAUUUAAAUAUGAAAAUUCUAUUUUAUGUGUAUGUGAAUUUGAAAUCAAUUCUUCUUGUAAGAAAUUUGCAGUUAUAAGAAUGAAAACUAUAAUUUUAUUUGAAGGAGUAUUAAAAUAUAGAGUAGCAUUAUAAGAUAAGGAAAAUAAAAUUUUGGAUAUAAGUCUGAAUAUGUAUUCUGUAUCUCUUAUUUUAUGUACUUAUAAAUAUUUGUUUUAUAGUUUUUUUUUUUUUUUUUUUAAUAUGCAAAACUUAUGAAGGAAUGUUAUGCACUGUCGUGUUUUUCCCAAUGUAAAAGAUGAAUUUCUGGUAUCUGGUAAAACUUAUUUAUAAUAAUUUCUAGCAUAUACUUUUUUUGUAAUCCUUCUCAAACCAGUCCCUUACUGAAUAAAGCAUACAUAUAAUUCAUUGAUUGAUCCAUAAAAAAUAGUCAUUAGAUUUCUUUCAGUGAUUGCGUAUUUAAUGCAUCAUGUUUUCUCAUGUCAGAAAUUUCAUAACAUACAGUUUUUUUAUACAUGCUAUUAGUAUCAAUUAUUAAUGCUUCCUUUAUACUAUUAAUAAAAUGGACAUAAAGCAUAAAAAAA